AUGGUUUGGAAAGCUGCCGGGCAAGAAUACAAACGAAAAGGUGAAAAACGUUUAACAUUUGAAGAAUGGCUGCCAAUUUUUGACCAACUUUCUAAAGAAAAAGAAGUUGGAAGUUAUGCAGAUUUUAUGGAAGGACUUAAAGUUUUUGAUAAAGAUGAAAGUGGAAAAAUUAUGGCAGCUGAAUUGAGGCAUGUAUUAUUGGCGUUGGGAGAGCGUCUCAAUACUGAAGAAGUUGAUGAACUUUUACAAGGAGUUGAGGAUGGAGAGGGAAUGGUUAAUUAUGAUCGUGAGUUUUUCUUUAACUUUAAAGAAAAAAAUUUUUUUGGCUCUGAUUGGAUUAAAAGUAUUCAAAAUCUUGUAGUCAUGCUUAUAAAAUUUGCGGACAACUAGUGUAAAACAUAUAGCUAUUAUAAG